AUGGGUGAUCGAGUACAUAUUUGCAGUGGUCAACCAGCACUCCAGGAUCUGCUACUUCUCGCAGACUUGAAGACUGUAGACUACUUUUCUGACCGCGAAGACAUUGCUCAUCUCAUCGCACCUGGUAUGUCCCUAAAUUUUUUCAACACAGAGCCAGUGAGUCAAUCGUUAUAACUUCCCAGAGUCCCCGUUACAGCAGGCUUCGACACCAAAAGUAAGUUGCUUCUUUGGCUCCGGUCUUGUCGUCGGCAGAGGACAUAUGUUGACCGUUCGCCUCAGAGAGUAGGUUUCGGAGCUCUAUGUCAUGGUCGUCCUACCAGUCAUGGUGCUGUCAGUGUACACAGCCGCGAGCUCCCAACGCGCUGGUCUGAAGGAAUUCCUAAAGUUCUUUCCAAUGGGCUUCAACUUUGGCCUUUUCUUCCACUUCUUGUAUUUGGUUCAGGCCGGGAUUCAUGAGAUUGCCAAAAUCCAAUUAGCGCUCAGUCGUGUCUAAUAAGGCAGCAUUUAGGUUAUCUGGUGUCUUCUCAUCUUGCGAACGCCUAUAGAGUUCGAUUUAUGAUCUCAUCCUCGAGACGUCGAGGCGGUGGCCGAUCCAACAUCGCCCUUGUUACUAAUACGUCACACUAAUUAGGUUUCCUGACGACAGUGUAGUCCCGCAAUUGCUAGUAGCGCGAGCGUGGGCGCAUCCACGCGGCUCCUCCCCGUUCUGAAUGUGAAAGGAGGUGCUGAAGAUCAGGAGCAGGUUAUGUUCUGUGCAGACCUCCACGAGGAGGAGGAGGAGGAGGAGGAGGAGGAGGAGGAGGAAGUCAUUACUGUUGCAGCUGCCAAUCAAUUGGCUGCCUAG